AUGUUAAUUCUAAUUAUACUAACUUUUGUACAUGCUUUUUAAGAAUAAAAAGUUAUGGCCAAUCUAAAUCAACCUUAAUUGCAUUGCUUAGACAUUCAAACUGAUAACAAACUCUACGAUAUUAAAGUAUCCUUUCUGGGAAGUGUAGGCAUUGAUAUCUCAAUGUUUUGGCAAUCUCAAUAAUAAUCAUUUAUUGAAACCAUCAACAAUUAUUAACCAAUGGACACAGUUAAAUUAAGAUUCAGAAACGAUGCUAACAGAAAUGAAAAUUGCUUCUAUGUCGUUGGAUAUUAAAUCUCAAGAGGAUUGACGCAUGAACCUAAAUUCUAAUAUAUUAUUAGUAUGGUUUCAUAUUUUAUCAAAUUUAGAAUUAGAAGAAGUCUUAAUUGACGACCUAAAUUGGACCUACUUAAGUUAAUAUCUUUUUGUUAUAGUCGUCCCACUUAUAGUUGUGUAAUUUAUAAAAAAAUGA